UUUAAAAAACAUAAAUUUUGAAAAUUGUAAAUUAAUCUAAAUUUUUUCGUGUUGAUCCCUCAUCCUACAAAAUGGUCAUUAAGAAAAAAAAUGAACACGGCAACGAGCCGGGCGAUGUGAUCGACCUGGGCGGCCCGCAUAGGCGGCGCGCUCGCGCUCCCUACACGCCCAACUCCAGACUAUAUCCAGGCGUACGAGCUUCGAAGAAGAAACCAAAAGAAAGCAAUACAAAGUUACACCGUAAGAAAAAGAUGAGGCCGGCGAGCCAGCUGGUGCCGAAUGCGCGGCUGUACCAGGCGCGGCCGCGGCGACCGUGCCCUCCGUCGCCGCCCGCCUGGCCCGCGGUGUCGUGGGCACCGCGCGCACCCGCCGCCUGCCUCGAUACCGCCUCUGGCGUCGCGCUGCGCCUCGCCGAACGGCGCGCGGUACAGAGCGAGUCGUCGCCGCAACCGCUGUGCUGCGCCGCUGCCGCCGCGCGCCACACGGCUCGGCCCGUCCGGCCUAGACGCGCCGGCAGGAGGCCACAGCGCCCGGCCCGCGACCCCACUCACAAAGUAAACGUGAAAUGA